AUGGAAGCAAUGUUUCAUAAUGCUAUUGCCCCUCGUGUUUGCGCAGGCGCUUCUUCCCUCCUGUUCUUUUCGGGCGGUCGCCCACCUCCGCGACAACACCACCCAAGGCUCAACACCACACACCUCUUUAUUCAGCGCCUCGCGACUUAUGGCCGAAAUAGGCGGGCCAUGACGAAGAAUCAUGCGUCCAGCGGCAAGCCCCCGACCGCCUCUCAUCUCCUCGCCUCCUUGUCCUUCGCGCGGCCUAGGGAACCGCACAUUCUUGAGCCCUCUCGCCGCCUUACGCCUACGCAACGAACGAGCACCGAGCGCCAUGCGGAUCAGGACAACUUGGGCGGGGGCAUGGCGGGAAGGUAG